CGGAAGUAGGUACGUGGCCGCUUCAGCUGACAGUCUACAUGAUGGCGACAGAGGUUCAGAGCGGCGACCUCGACAGUGCUACUUCCAGCCGGCUCGAAGUUUCCAUCGAUGGCCUCACCCUCAGUCCCGACCCGGAGGGCGAGCAGAUCCAGGUCGAGGAGCCGGACCCCAGACCCGCGGAACCCGAGACCGACACGCCGGGUGCCGCGGGUGGCGAAGAUGGAGAGACAGCCAAAUCUGCCAUAGAGAGGAAAUGGGGCUUUCCUUUGCUGGAGCUGUACGGAAUGAGCCUUAAAUUCUUCAAAGAUAAAGAUGGAAAAGCCUUCCACCCAACAUACGAGGAGAAGCUGCGGCUGGUCGCUCUGCACAAACAGGUGUUACUGGGCCCUUAUAAUCCUGAUGCUUCACCGGAGGUUGGCUUCUUUGAUGUCCUGGGUAACGACCGCAGGAAAGAGUGGGCCUCCCUGGGUAACAUGGAGAAGGAGGAGGCGAUGGUGGAGUUUGUCAAACUGCUGAACAAGUGCUGUAACCUCUUUGCUCCCUACGUCACCUCACACAAGAUCGAAAGGGAGGAGCAGGAGAGGAAAAGGAAAGAAGAAGAGGAGCGUCAGCGGCUGGAGGAGGAGGAGAGGGAGCGACAAAGGCAGGAGGAGGAGAGACGGAGGCUCGAGGAGGAGGAACGGCUGAGGAGAGAGGAGGAGGAAAGGCGACAGGCAGAAGAGGAGAGGCUACGGAUUGAGCAGCAGAAACAACAGAUAAUGGCAGCGUUGAAUGCGCAGACGGCAGUGCAGUUCCAACAGUACGCUGCUCAGCAAUACCCCAACAGCCCCGAGCAACAACUGGGCCUCAUCCGUCAGCUUCAGGAGCAGCACUACCAGCAGUACAUGCAGCAGCUCUACCAGGUCCAGCUGGCCCAGCAACAGGCGGCCUUACAGAAGCAGCAAAUGCAGGCUGAUUCCAUGGUGCAGGGCACCCUCGAAUCGAGCGGCUUCAACAGUGGCGAACCCAUCCCUGCCUCAGCAGCGGGACCAUUGUGCGCAGCUUCACCACCUGCUGGCGAAGAAACCCCAACAGUCAAUGGAGGCCAGUCGGACUCGUACUCGGAGAGCAUGGACCGGGAGCCGGAACCUGAGCCGGCGGAAGAGGUCUCAGAGAACGGGCCUUUAUUAGCAGACUCCCCACCAGUCAUAGCCGCUCCCUCCAUGUGGACACGACCGCAGAUCAAGGACUUCAAGGAGAAAAUCCGGCAGGACGCAGACAGCGUGAUCACAGUGGGGCGUGGCGAGGUGGUGACAGUGCGUGUGCCCACCCACGAGGAAGGCUCUUACCUGUUCUGGGAGUUUGCCACGGACUAUUACGACAUCGGCUUCGGGGUCUUCUUCGAGUGGACGGACGCUGCCUCCGCCUCGGUCAGCGUGCAUGUGUCGGAGUCCAGCGACGAGGACGAGGAUGAAGAAGGUGAUCCUCCCACUGAGGAGGAGAAGGCGAAGAAGGAGGCGGGGAAGCCCCAGGUGGAUGAGAUUGUGCCGGUGUACCGGCGGGACUGUCAUGAGGAGGUGUACGCCGGCAGCCACCAGUACCCCGGCCGCGGAGUCUACCUGCUCAAGUUUGACAACUCCUAUUCACUCUGGCGCUCCAAGAGUGUUUACUACAGAGUCUACUACACCAGAUAAGCCUGAACACAGACACAGGGGAGCCAAGGAGUGUGUUUGUUCAUAUAUGUAUGUGUGUGUUUGUGUGUGUGUAUGUAGGAGGAGAUUUGUGCGAUGGCAGCCUGUAUGUGUGUGUGUGUGAGGAAGAGAAAGUGAUGCCAGAUCUAUUUCUGGACAAAACCACCAGAGGGUGACAAAGAGACAUCUGGAGCCCUAGUUUGAAGAUUGGACUAAUAUGUAUGUACUGUACGUGUAUGCGUGUCCCAAGAUACACCCAUGCUAGACCUUCUCAUCAAGCCCUUGGAGCCCUGUCGUAUAUCCACCACCUGUCCUCGCUGCGCUCACAUAGACCAAGCUGUAGGACUUUGCUCUCACAUUGUAUUUUACCACUUUUCACCCUGGGCUCCUCUUCUGUCACUGAACCCCCCCCCAGCCCAACACUGUCCAGCGUGGCCUUGUGGCUGCUUCUGCCCCGAGUGACGCUUUCAUAACCAUGAACAGAAACCCGGCGAGUGCAGCGGCCUGUGAGUUUCCUGUUUGGUGGUAAUAGUGGUCGUUUAUCCCACAAGAACACAGACAAUGUUGAAGAUCUAACGUUAUUGCAAAUGGACUUCAUAACACUAUGCCUCUGUUCCACAGAGAGCUCCUGGUCUUUGCCAAGUCUCUCACACACAUUAAAAACACCAUUGUACACAAAGUUAAUCAUUUUUUUUUGUUGUAUAACAGUAGUCCAUUAUUCUCUGCCCUCGUCACCGUGCAUAUAUGAAGAUCUGGGAGGAUGUUCAGUGGAAGCAGUGCUCUUUCUGGCUUGUGCCUGCCCCAGAACAGGCUGUCUCUCACCUUACAAUCUGAUAGACAGAGUGCACCAGGAGUAGAUUUUUUUCAAUGGAGACGAGUGGCAAAAUUAAUGAAGAACAGGCAAGAAGUCAUACUGUGGAGGCAAAAAAAAGACAUAAGUAUUUGAAUUUUAAAAGCCACUGAAGACUUGAUGCUGAAAUUUAAUCACCAUUGAAUUCAUAAUAUUGAAAUGCUUUACUUUGGAAAAGCGUUUGUUUUUUUACCUUGUUGAAAUUAAAAUCUGAUGUUUUUUUUUUGUUUGUUUUUUUUUUGCAGUUUUAAAAGCUGAAUUGGAAUUUUUUUGGUGUUCACAAAUUCAGAUCCAAAAUUUUAAGUUUCAAAAUUUGAAAAAAAAAAAAAAAAUUAAAAUUGCUGUGUUUUUUUCCCAGUGUUCACAAAUUCAGAUCCAAAAAAAAAAAUAGCUCAAAUUUAAUUGGUCAUAUUCAGAUCUAAAAAUCCUAGUUGAAAAAAUUUAAACAUCAGACAAAUAUAGAUAUUUUUUUUUAAUUGCUGUUUUUCCCCCAGUGUUCACAAAUUCAGAUCCCAAAAUUUAAGUUUCAGAAUUUGAAAAAAAAAAAAAAGAUUCAAGAUUUGAAAAAAAAAAGGGGGGAGCUAAAAUUUCAUU